AUGGCAUCUCCUUCACGCUUACCAUUCCAGUCACCCAGUGCAGAGUCUCGGUCUCAAUUACUCGAAGGUAUGCGACUGAAGACUCCCAGCACAAUAAACAAGAACAAUCGCAGUUAUUUGUCAGCAAUAACUCCGGUACAACCAGUGUUCACACCGAGUGGAACUCCUAGAGGAAGCCAUGUCUUGCUCUCUCCUUCUCGAACAAUCACAGAAACCUUGAAUGCACUUGCAUCUUCGACAGCGCAUCAGCUGGAAGAAAUAUGGGAUCAAGUUGGCUACAGUCCACAGGACAGAGCUACUCAGCUCAAAGAAUUGCUGAUGAGUUUUCGAGAUCAAUGCGAUCAAACAAUCUCGCAAGAGCUCGGAGUGGUAGAGACUUUCCGUCAAGAAAUUUCCGAGGCAAAGAAAGAACUAAAGGCUAUUGGAGAAGCUUUGAAGACACCAAUCGACCCGAGAUUGGUUGAAGACAAUCACGAGAUGACACUCAUCAAUGAACUUGAAACCCUUCAAGUUACACUCGAUGGACUCAGAGCAGAUGUGGAAGUUGCAAAGGCAGAUAUGAGAGAAUGUCAAGAGCAGUUGAUUGAAUCUCAUUUAGCCUUGGGCCUUGAUCUUGAAUCGAAGUGGGAUGACAUCGAGACAGACUUGACACAAAGCCGCAGAGGAGAAUUCCACUUAAAAGUUGAAGAGAUGAAACAUGAGGUUACGAACAGAACCUCUACCAUCAUUCAACUUCUGCGAGAUUGCCAGCAUCUAAUGAGUGAUCUUGCAAUUGAUGCUCAAGCUAGUGAUUCUACUCUUGAUCGACAAAUCGCUGGUAGCCUUGCUCGCUCGAAGGACUCCAGUUUCAUCAUGUCAUCAAAAUUCGAAACAGAGAGCUGUACAGGGAUCAGUAUCAGCGCCCUUGAACGUUUGACUGAAAGAGUAGCUGAACUACAAAAGGAGAAGAAGAGUCGAAAGACUAAAUUGCAAGAGAUGGGAGCAGAAAUUGCUAUGCUGUGGGAACAGUUGCGUAUCCCAGAAGACGAACAGAAAUCAUUUUCUGAGAGUGUCAAAGGCCUCGGUAUGGAUACAAUUAGAAAGGGGGAAGGUGAAUUAAAGAGACUGAAGCAACUAAAAAACGAAAUGCUUGGCUCUCUCAUCGAAGAGGCUCGCGAAUCUAUCUAUCAAUUAUGGCAAGAGACGAACGCAACCGCAACCACGAAAGAAGAGUUUGAUGGAAUCGAUGUCAUUGAUCAAGAGCUCUAUGACAACGAGUUACUCGAGGCGCAUGAAGAGUACCUUCAUAUUCUCCAGGAAAGAUUUGAGCACAUGAAACCAAUACUACAACUCAUUGAGCGGCGAGAAGACAUCCUUCGCCAGCGAUCAGAGUACGAAGAGCUACAGAAGGAUUCUAGUAGAUUGAAUCAGCGUGGGGCAGCAAUGGCAAAGCAGCUGAUGGAAGAGGAGAAGAUGGCACGACGAAUCAAGAAAGAGCUUCCUAAGCUAACAAAACUUUUGACUGAAAAGCUCUCGGAAUGGAAAGAGAGAAACAAAGAAGACUUCCAGUACCAGGGAGAAAUCUAUGUUAAUGUGAUCAAGGCUCAAAAUGACGAGUGGCAGCGACACAAGGAAGAGGAAAUGCAGAACAAGAGGAAAAAGAAACAAGGUCAACAGGGGGACGAAAAUAAGGCUGGUAGCUCGAAGGCAAAAGUUACUACUAAAGCGUCAGCUCAGCAAUCCAGACCUAGAACUACAACCAGACGACAACCACUUGCGAGCAAGAAGAAUGCACUGGUCUAA